AUAUGUUGAACUUUAUUAUUGUUGCGAAUUAAUUUAUGCAAGAUUAUAUACAAAUUAAAGAUGUUCAUUAGUGUACGAUUUUUCUCAACGGUCAGUCGCAAAAAGUUAGGAGAUUUGAUUUUAUGUCGAUUUGAAGUUUUUUAAGAAUAUAGUAGGAAACUUGUGCGAAAAAAUGGUAAAUAUAAAAGAUAGGAAUUUUUGAGAAGCGAGUUCUUUAACUUUAAAAGAUACCGAAUGACUUGAUAGCGUAUCGGAGCAACUGUUGAUUUUUAAAUUAUCAGUAUCAAUAUAUUUUUUUUUCUGUGUACGUUUAAUUUUUAGAGAUAACCUGAUUAUGUGAAGAAGCAGCACGGUUACAAGUUGCAUAAUUUUAUUACAUAAAGUUUAAAUUACAUUGUCGACUUAGGAUUCAAUAAAUUAAAGAUAAUUUUUUUUCUGGGAACGACGGAUGCGAUUAUCGAACCUUUCCGCAUUGUAACAGGUCUAAAUUAUUCCGAUAUUGAUAAUGCAAAUUCAUGCGCAGACGAAGUGAACGAGAGACGAUACUUAGAAUCACAAGAUUAUUGAAAAAUAAUUAUUAAUUAUUUUUUUAAUUAUCAAUUAUUUUGUUUUCUAAAAUCUGAAUCUCUGUUUUUUUAUUGUCUAGAUUUGUCUAGAUAAACAAUGUUUCAUUAUAGUUGGAUAAAUAUUAUAACUUUGCUUGACUUUUCUAACCGGUCUGUUUACGUCACAAACGAAACGUCGCAAAUAAUUAGAAAAUGCUAAAUAUUUUUAUAAUAAUAUUAGGAUGAUACGAAAAUAAUAGGAAUAUUGGAAUUUUGUUAAUAAAAUAUUGUAUUUAUAAAAGAUACUAUUUGUAAAAGAUAAAAAAUCUGAAUAUGAUAAUUUAACUGUUCUUUUAAUACAAACUUGUUUGAAAUUUAAUAAAUAUUAUAUAUAUUUUUAAUGGACUUUUUCAAGUAAUUAUUUUAAAAAUAACAAAAAUUUCCAGUACUUUUGCAUCAACCUACAAUUAUAAUCUUCGAGAAAGACAACAAAGAUUAGCUUUUUUUGCAGAAACACUUAAUAUCACUAAUUACACGUUAACAUUAUGAGAUUCUGACUUCAUCUUUACGCGGUCUACACAUCGAUAAAAAAUGUCGAAGGUAAACGUUUAUUCCGAACAUUUCGCAUACGGCUUGGAAAAUAAAAGAAUUAAACAGGUUUUCGAGAUAGUUAUGUGGUUUUCUUUUUGUUUUAAAUGCGUUUCUUGUCUUUUCCUUCUUUCAAUGUACAAGUGUGUUAGAAAAACAAUAUAAAUCUUGAACGCGGCUUCUCUCGGCUGUCGGCAGAAAUCGUAAACGGGGAUCCCACUUUUUAGCGCGGCUGUUAACAUUCAUUUUGUUGAUCUUUGGACGCUCGUAAAUUAUUAUAAUCGCUUGUAACAAAAUUCCCGUUUUUAUUACGAUUCAUCGUUGAAAGAAAUAAAUAUUGAUAUGGAAUAUUAAUAUCAAUAUUCGCGACGAAGAAAUUGUGACUUGACUCGUCGUUAGGAUGCGUUUUUAACAGAUACACUUUCAGCCACGAAUCAAAUUGAAUGAACUCUUGGCAAAGCCUAGAACGUCUUUAUUAUUUCUGAACGAACUUGAAAUAUGUUGUUGCAGUAUUUUUAUUGUUAAGAGAAGAAAUGACAGACAGAGAACGGUAAAUCUUGCCAAGCAUGACGUGCUGCAAGGGUUGAAAACCUAUAUCUUUUUCUAUUUUUGGCCCAAGUGUCGCUAGUAGUCGUAAAUAGUUCUCUCGCAUUGCGGAUCUUCUAUCGAGUGAUUCGAAACUGUGAUCUCAAAACUUUUCUGCUUAUACGAUAUAUUUUAUCUAAAAAUAGCACAUUGAAAGCAUAUUUGUAGUUGUUUAUAUCGAAUUUGUAGUUAUAAUCAUCAGAAAAUUUGUAAUAUAAAUCCUGUUUAUUAUAGUCUUGCAUCGAGCUCGUAAUUAUAUUAGUGGAUAUGCGUGUUUUUAAAAUUUCUGAAAAAAUUGUAAUUGUGAGUUAGCUAUUGAUAUUCCAGUUUAAGUCUUUCUACUUUAGAUAGAAUUAUUUUUUUUACGAUAUAUGGCGAUAUUUGUUACCACUGAUACAUUCACGAAUAUGAAGUUUUUAUAAUAUGUUUUUCUUCUCGAUGUUCUUUCGAUUGAAAGCCAUAUUUUUUCUGAGUAGCAGCUCUUAAAUUUAUUUGAUUCGAUCCGAGAUGAUUCGGUGUAUUCGUGUCUUAUUCACAACAUACGCGUUCGCAAAAUUGAUAAAAUAUGUUUUGGGAGAGCCUGUAUGUCAUGCCUGUAGUAUGUGUUUGACUUUCUCGCGUGCAUCCUCGCGCUUUCUUGUGAUUGAUUGUCGACUCAAUAGCGAAAGUGCACGACUUAAUGGAAAUGCAUACUCGAUUGUUGUAAUAAAAAAAUUCAAUCAGCGUGCGUAACAAACCCAUAAUUACAAUAAACAGCAAACACGGAUUUAUUGUUUUUACGUAAUUGGGUCAUAAAUGACUAAUAAAAUAUGCAUAAUGUUUUCAUUUGCAUAUCAACAGUUCACAAGGUUUCAGCAAUUUUAUUUUUAUUUUUAGAAUGAAUUAAUAUGUAAAAAUUAGUUGAUUUUUAAUCAUAUUUAUACUUUUUAUAUUUAAAUAUAAUUAUUGUCUGAAUUGUUUUACAUUAAUAUUUAUAAUAUUACGCGUUACAUGAUACAAAUAUGGUAUAUCAGUAAAUGCAGCAAGUAAUAACUUUAUGAGAAAUCAGUAAUAUCUAGAAAGCUAAAAUAAUAGCAUUUUCGAUCAGUUUGGUUCUAUCAUGGAUGUAAUUUCACAGUGAAUGCAUAUCAUAUAUCCUUUAUCAGAGAAUUCUCAUAAUUUUAUUUAUCCAUGCUAAUAGAACUGCAUGUUGCGAUAUUACUCGCAAAAUUGCGCAUGCAGACAUUCUUUGCGUCGAUUAUUCCAAAGUUUUAAAGCGAUUUUUACUUUUCCGUUGAAUUCUAUUUUUGCAUAAACUUAUAUUGUUAAACCGCAAUAUUUUCCAAAAGGAUAUAUUACAAAAAUUAAUCUGUGCUUUUUAUCUAAACAUGAAGUAUCUACAGCGCGUAUCUAUUUUUGCGUUUGCUUGUACACGCUAUAAUAUUAGUCCGCAGUGUUUGAAACGGAAUGCGAUAACAAAAUAUUUUGCGGCGCAAAAUCUAGAUCAAUUAAAUAUAAUUAAAUUUAGUCCGAGGUUUGUCCAGCUGUGCGAAAAGGGGUCGCGGAUUCUGAUACCGCUCUCUAUUUCAAUCUGCUCUCUUUUUCUAUUUUACCACGAGUAGCUAGAGAGGAGCCACGAAAUCACUUGUCACUAUGUCUGCCAACUCUGUCCGGGAUUUUCAGACUUUCCGCGUGCUUUUGAACGGGAUGACAAUGCCUUAUUGUGGCCUCGUCGUACGCGUUACUACGCAGAGCAUCCUGUGCAAUCGCAUAAUUCUAACCGUUGUACGUCAUUUACGAAAUUUUUCGCAUAUAUACAAGUUGCACCUGCGGAUUCCCGCGUCCAUUUCCUCAUACUCCGAUAAAACCAAUAUCUUGAAUCACGUCACGAACUAAAAGAAAGAAAAGAACUGUUAUAAAAAAUACGGAGGAGGAAAAGUUGCUAGAUCGUAAUUCUUCGAGAAGAAAUUCUAAAAUAUUGCAAAAGUAAUAAAAACAUUAAUAAUACAAUAAAAUUUUGUUUAUAUACUAUAUAACAAAUAAAUAUCUUGGAGUACAGAAAUUACAUUAAGUCUUUAAAAAAGAAGGAAUGAUUAAUUUAUAAAUUAUAUGAAAGUAAAAAAUUAAUGUAAAAAGCAAUCUUUUUAUUCUUUCAGGAAACAAAAUAUUGGCAUAAAAUUAGGUGUUUCGCAUGAAUGACACGUUUGAAAAUUACCUGUGCUCGAAACAAUCUUUUCAUUUUCUUGUUUAAGUGUCUAUUGUGUCAUUUAGAUUUUUUAUUUAGGACAAAAAAUCGGAAAUAGGGUUAAAAGAUAAGAAAAUUUUUUUAAAAAGACUUCAAAGACAAAAUUAGCAGAGAUGUGAAACAAAUUCUUCAAGAAAUCGCAUUUUUUUUUCUUGUAGAGUUUAUUUUUCUCUGUAAUUCUUUUUUCCCAAGUAUUUUUCCAAUCCUUGCAACUGAUAAUGAUAAUUCUAUCCUGUUAAUCGCGUGACUCUGUUACAUUACUCUGCACGUGAUCGACACUUGAGCAAUUAAAAGUUGUUCUUCGAUUAAAAUUCGACACCUAAUUUAUAGCUCACGUGAAUAAGCUUGAUAAUCGUAACGUGUGUUUAUAAUUAUGGGAGUUAUUAAAAGGAGGCGAGGUAUUAUCAGUGAUUAAAGUAUGUCAUAAAUCCUUCCGCGCGCUUCCUUAAGUAUGCUUUAGAUGAAAUACUCAUUUAUUCUUGCUCGUACAAUUUAUCCACUAAUUGACAUCAAAUCGAUUUAUGAAAUAUUUUUGAUAAUACUAUUAAUUAAAAAUUGACAUGAUUUGUGUCAUGAUUUGCUUUUUAAUAUUCACUUCUUUUUAAUUUUCUAUUGUUUUAAUUUGAUACAACUAAAAAGGAAACAUAUUUUUAAGUGAGAUUAUUUCAUAGUUUUCCUCAUGUUCUUCUUCGAAAUAAAUUUUCCGAAUCGUUGUCGCAGCGUUUUCUUUUCUUACAGCUGCCGCUCGCUGAGGAAUCGUAAUCGUGUUUAUGAAACUAAAUAUUUAUGAUGUAAUCUAUCAAAUGUAUGCCGCGUUACAUGAAUCACCGGCAAAUCGCCUCGAUUUGAUUUUGACGCGAGAUAUGCACGUGUUGCGCGACCGGUUAGUUCAGAUGUUCUCCUACGGAAAAUUCGCGCUGUAAGCCGAGAGUUUUCGUGACGACAAUUAUAAUUGAAUAUUAUUUUCAAUCUUCAUGCAUAUCACGUUUCAAUUUGCACAAUACCCAAUUACGCAAUAUACUUUGCUCAAUCAUCGGAACUCGCACUAUCGAUACGCUAACUAAUCUAAUCGUCUUGUCGAUUAGAUCUCUAAUUAAAUUCUCAAUAUUGCAAAUCUGUUCUCUUACUCUAAUUUGCGAAUAUUUUAUAACAACGGGUUUACUUAUCUACUAUGGGAUUAUUAUUUUCGUGUAAGUAGUUUUUGCGAACGAGAUAAGUAUUUAAUGCGAACGCAAAUUAAUAAAACGCAAAAUGAUGAGAUUAGUUAUAUCGCGAUUAGAGUUCCAUGAAAAUAUAUCCUUACAUACAUCCGUACUAUGCCAAUUAUUUACGAAAAUUGCGAGAUCUGAAAUAGCCUGUCACCGUUUUUCCCUUUUCGGUAAAAAGAAAACUGUUUGAAAAAGUUCGGCUCUGAAAAUAAAAUAAGAAUCACUCUCGGAGAGAUGCGCACUAUUGUAUUGAAAUUAAUCGAAAAAUUGCUUUUUUAUCUCGCUCAAAUACGGUAGAAACGUAACUAUCAAUUAAUACCACGAUAACAUUGCACGUUGUAUUAUGGAAUAUGCAAUUAAUGCAUUAUAUUUCUUUAAAAUAAUUUUUGACGUAUUUAAGAUUACAACUAAAAAACAAAGUGGGAUUAAAAGUAAGAAAUUAAAAAAAUAUUUCUCCAUCGAGGGUGAAAAUAUUGCAAGGUUUUAUAUCUUGAAGAUCUGAUCAACUCUGAAACAAUCGCCUUAUUUCUUGCAAAUCAAAGCGCACAGUUCUCAUCGUCUGUAAAAGAAAAGACAAACUGGAACAAAUCUCACAGAAGGUUGCAGCUUGCGAGCCUUUCUCUUCCGAGUCCUCGAAUUGUAACAUAUUGCGAUUGAAAUCUGAAAAAGUUUGAAUAGAAAAGCUGAACAGUUGUAUAUUACAAUAAUGAGCGAGUAAUUUUGGAGAACGACGAGGGAGACCAAGGUUUUUCACUGCGAUCGAACAAACGAAGGCAAGUCCUUGCAGUCGCGAAACGACACGGUCUGUCAAGUCGUCGAUUCAGAAGAAUCACAGUCGCUCACACGAAGUGUAACAAUUCCCGUCGACGUCACUUGAUGUUUUUUUUGUGUGUACGUCACGCAUACGCGCAUUGUAUGAAACUUUUUCAAGGAUUUACCUCAUGCUAGAUGCAUUCUACGAAUCGAUAGGCAACUGGUCGAGAAAAGCGGAAACGAAUGCGACGAAUCGAUCGCGGAUUCGCGUGACUCGCUCCGCGAGUUGAACUUAUUCUCUUCUUUUACGUCCAAUGUGGCGGUGAUUGCGUAAAAAGAUGAUCUGUACGCGAUCGACCACGUGAAUCGUGUCGAUCUGUUGUGCAUCUUGAGAAGAAUACGUGUCUUUGUUUAUGUAACUCGAACGUCGCGCUAUUCUUCUUUACGUUUUGUUCGCGGCGCGCGGCCUAAUUUUCCGGAAUCAGGAACAUACGAUCGUUCGUGCAAGACGAAGAUGCGACAGUAAUGCAGCAAUCGAUCGCAAUGUUUAAACAUUAAAAUGUGCAUUAAUUUUUUUCUUAAAAGAAGAAAUUUUGAUUAAUCAUUCUUUUUUUAAUUCUCAAGGAAAAUCUAUACAAAGAAUGUCAUUAUUUUUUUUAAUUUAUCGAUAUUUAGCAUCAUACUAUGAAAUAUACGAAUAUCUGCGUGAAUCUAACGUACAUAGGAAAAGCGUCUAAUACGGCAUAAUAAUCAUUUACUAAAGAACAAUAAAUAUUUUGUAUUGAUUUCAAAAUUAUUUAUUUUAACUUUCAUACAAUGUGAUAUAUGAAUAUAAAGAGAUCGAUAUUCAGUUAGCAUUAAUUUUGACCAGAAAAGACGUAUCGUGAUUUUUUAAAUUAAUUUUAUUAAUCGAUAACUCUCUUCUCGUCUUUUUCUCUUUCUCUCUUAUUAUUUUAACAAUGAUAACGGCGUUUAAAGCUCCCGCCAACAGAGACGUUACAGUUUCGUCGACGUUGAACCAAGCAACGCCAUUUGCCAACGAAGCGACGGUGUGACAGAGCACAGCACAUGAGCGCUCUCAAACUUUAUAUCUGAACGCAAGUAUACAGGAUUCUUCCUUCUCGCGAUUUCUUCCCGAGGGAUAACAUUAACGUCGCUUGCAAGUUUUUUCUGUGAAGUUAGAUCUGCGCGUGGAGGGGACUCGCAGACUUGUAAGAAGAGUAUCGAUUUGCUCGAGUCUGUAAUCGCUAAUGCCACGUAACAGCCAACCUAACGCUUAAACCACGUGACUCCUCUGGCGCAGCUCGCGGUUAAUUUAAACGCAGAAGAGAAACUUGAAAAUACACGGACUUAAACAAGUCAUAAAGCAGAGAGUUAUUUCGCAUUCAGUGCGUAAACAUCGUAGAAGAGUCGCAAAAGUCGCAUUGUUUUGCUGUAUCUACAAUUAACCAGUGUUUGCCAAUUCAUCAUCAUUAAAAUUGAACAACUAUAUAGAGAGAAAUUUCAAGAUAAUCACGUGUCUCUCUGCGCGAUUCUCAUCGCGAUCGAUAAGCGAUAAUACAGAGCAAUCAGAGUGCGGCUACGGUAGCAAGUAAACGCGCAGAAUUUAACUCGAUAGAACGAAUCAGCUACCCGAUAAGGUGAACUGAGUGAUAAGGCGAGGUCGCCGAGAGACAGAAAGAACAACGAUAUGUUGCCUGUCGUUUAUAGAGCGACGCUCAUCAGUUGUUUCUUGGAACGUUUAACGAAUAGUUGGUCGUCGCGCGCGCGCAUCAUCGCUUCUGGUACCAGAAUGGCGUCAGGUGGAUGUGACGACCACGAUCAGAAGGUCGUCCCUAAGGACGAGGUUAUCAGAUUCAUCGAGGAGUGCAUGUGCAAAGCCGGCACUUCGCCGGAAGAUGCGCGCAUCGUCGGUCAUCAUCUGAUGACGGCGGACUACAGGGGUCACUUCAGUCACGGGAUGAAUCGGAUGGAAAUAUACGUCCACGACAUCGAGAACAAGAUCACCGAUCCAAACGCCCGGCCGCAGAUCGUCACCGAUUUUCAGGCGAUAGCCCUUGUAGAUGGGAAGAACGCGUUAGGCCAAGUGAUCGGUAAAUAUUGCAUGGAGCUCGCCAUCGAGAAGGCCAAGAAAUUCGGUAUCGGCAUGGUGGCGGCGCGCAACUCCAAUCACUACGGCAUCUGCGGCUACUACACGAUGAUGGCGAUGGAGCAAGAUCUGAUUGGUUUUACCUGUACCAACACGAGCCCGUUGAUGGCACCGACGCGCAGCAUGAAGGCCGGUCUCGGGACGAAUCCCUUAUCCGUGGGUAUGGCCGCCUGCGACGGCGACAGCGUUGUUCUCGAUAUGGCAACCACUGCCGUUGCCCUAGGUAAGAUCGAGCUGGCCAUUCGAAAGGGCGAGGACAUCCCCGAGGGCUGGGCGCUCGGAGCUGACGGACAAGUGACGCGUAAUGCUGAGGAGGCUUUUAAUGCCUCUUUAAUGAUGCCUCUCGGUGGUGCGGAACGUAAUUCCGGGUACAAGGGCUACGGUUUAGCGCUGAUGGUCGAAAUGCUAUGCGGCAUUCUGAGCGGAAGUGACUUCGGACCGAAUAUUCGCGCUUGGAAAACCGACAACAGAGUCGCCAAUCUCGGGCAAUGCUUUAUGGCCAUUAAUCCGGAAGCGUUCACGUACGGGUCGAAAGACAGAUUGACAACCUUGCUCAAACAGCUGAGAGAUCUGCCCGCCUCCGGCGAGAAACCGAUUCUGAUCGCCGGCGACCCCGAAAGGCAGCACAUGAAGAAAGUCGACAUGGAGGGUGGAAUCACGUAUCAUCCGAAUCAAUUAAAGGCUUCGGAAAAAAUGGCUAAAGACAUGGGCGUGCGACCGAUGAAACUCGUUCCUAAAUCCAUCUAAUUUUUUACUUACCAACAAAGAGAUAAAAAAGCUGAUCUAUCGAAUUUUAUUUCUUUUUUAUAUUUUAGUUGAUUUUCAGUAAAUCUCACAUAUAGUACAGAGUACAAAGAUAAAAUUAAUUAAACGCUGAUUUAUGUCGAUCAAGCACUAAUUAGAUAGUAAAUACAAAGAUAUUUAUUUUGCUACUGAUUUUGAAACGUUAUAUAAUAUUUUAUUAUAUGUAUAUAUAUA